GAAUUAGAGCGCUCAAAGAAGUCGUUAUCACCAACAGCUCAAAAACCAUCUGCAGCUCAGAGCUUCCGAAUCAAAACCCUAAUCUAUGUUCCGUUCGAUCAACCCAAUAGGUGGUCUUGUCUGGUUAGAGCAAUUGUAGCACGCCAUAGUUUUGUUCUUCGGAGAACGGAGAAACGGAGAGAGAGAAGGUAUGCCUUUGUGAUCAUUGGGAGCUCAACACCAUGCCGUGCUCAUCUGCAAAUAAUCUUUGGCUGCCCUGUUAUCAUUCUCCAUUUCUCACAAAGCACAGCAAUACAGUUCUAGCAAUUUCUCGUGGGAGUGGAGAAGGGAUCUGGUGCUUGCGAGGUCAUCAUCGUCUUAGUUUAUGGGUAAAACCCAUGGUCCAAGUAAUACCACAUCACCUGCUUUCUUGGAGACGUUGCCAUGUUAAAGGUGAAAAUUCAGAGGGGGCUUGGAGCGGUGAGAGCAUUGUCUUGGAUGAGCAAACAUUAGAACGGGACCUUCAGAUAGCCAUUGAGGAAGAAAACUAUGCUCGAGCAGCAAAAAUCAGGGAUAGCCUCCGGCUUCUUCAUGAGGACAGCAAGGCUUCUGUUCUAGCAGCAAAUAAUCGGUUCUACAAUUCAUUCAGGAAAGGGGAUAUGGCUGCCAUGCAAGCCCUGUGGGCAAAAGGGGAUCAUGUGUGUGUUGUGCAUCCUGGUGUCGGUGGGAUAUCUGGUUAUGAUCUCGUCAUGGGAAGCUGGGAGUUUGUGUGGGCAGACUACGAAUUCCCAUUUGAGAUUGAGGUAAAAGAUGCUCAAGUUCAUGUCAGAGGCGAUGUUGGGUAUGUGACAUGCAUUGAAGUGGUCAAGACCAAAGGCAGCAGUUGGGGGAAACAGUUUGUGACAAAUGUAUUUGAGAAGAUUGAUGGUCAGUGGUUUAUUUGCGUCCAUCAUGCUUCACAUAUUGACUUGUGAAAGAGAUUAAUUGUAAGCUUUGCUGGAUCAAGAUUUCUCUCUUCUAUUUUUCCAAAUAUAUAAGUGUCAAGGGAGGUGAAAAGUCUUUAAUUGGAAAAAAGGUUUACAUCUAUUUGAGCCAACACGCACUGGUGACCCUGAAGGUGUUUAACCUCUUCUAGCAUUUGCAUGUAGCUGGCAUCGAAACGAAAUUCAGUUCAAGUAGUUACUUUGUUCAAGAGCCUACAACUUAGAGGUGGAGGUGUGGAGCUAAUUGCUUUGUAACUUUUGUUGCGUAUUUU